ACUUGCAUUUUUCAUUGCUUUGGCUCUGCCCAGAUCUGUCAGAAGACCUUUUUUUUUUUUUAUGUAGCCGGUCUUUGCAAACAGCAAUUCUCCUCCUCCCCCACAUUCCACACCCAGAAACACACUUCCGCAGAGAAGCAAACAUGAGCCUUUUGUGCAGUCGUUUCCUGUUCAGAAUGUUGCUGUACUGGAUAAGUUGCACACUGGGUAAGUCGCGCACUGAUCUUCUUAUGUUCUGAUGUUCCUGAUUUCCCCUCUGGAGUUAAUACCAUACCUCUGGAGUUCAGGGGCAUAUGAACAUUACUUUGGGGUUUAUUGACAUGUGAGUUUUGCUUCUUUGAACCUCUUUCAAGCAAAUAAAAAUCUGGGUAAUUAGAAUGCUUUUUGUUGUUGUUAAAUUUGUAACAGCCUCCUCAGUCUGCAAAAGCUACUUUCAUUUUUCAUUGCUUUGGCUCUGCCCAGAUGUGUCAGAAGACUUUUCUUAACAACCAAUCUUUGCAAACAGCAGUUCUGCUCCUCCCCCACAUUCCACACCCAGGGACACACUUCCAUAAAGAAGUCUUUGCAAAGAGAGCAAUUCUGCUCCUCCCCUACAAUCCACACCCAGCGUUACACUUCCGUAGAGAAGCAAACAUGGCUCUUUCUUGCAGAGGUUUCCUCUUCAGAAUGUUGCUGUACUUUCUUCUGGACACUUUAAGCCAUGCAGUGGGGAAUCCAACCCAUCAGCUGAAGGGAAUCCUGGGAGGAUCAGUCUUGUUUCCUGCCAAUGUAUCUAAAGGAAUAACAGUGCAGAAAAUUGAAUGGGACUUCCGCCCCCAAAAGCGUGACCUGAGCUAUUGGUGGGGGGAAUUCAGUCAUUGGAACAGAGACCAUCCAAGUCCCACUGGCCGGUUUGGACAACGGCUAGACAGGGUGAAUGAGACAACACUGAGGCUCAAAGACCUGGAGUUGGGUGACAGUGGGAUCUACAAUACUCGCAUCUGGUUUACUAAGACACAAUUUCAAGAACAGCGUUUCAGCCUCACUGUUUAUGAGCCAGUGCCAGCACCACAGAUACACCACCAAGUGGAAUCCAAGACUCCAGAUGGAUGUAAUGUGACCUUGAGAUGCCACACACCUGGAAGGGAAGAUCUCAGUAUCUCCUGGGAAACAGGGGAUCUGCACAGGGCCUUAGGAAAGAGUGUGAAUCAGUACCAGGUUUCUGACAAUGGCCGGGAGCUCCGUGUCUCCUUGUGGAACAGUUCUUUGGACUCCAAAUUCACUUGCCUGGUCAGCAAUUCUGUUGACCAAAAGAGAGCCUCCUUUGACUUGCUCAAGAUCUGCCAGAGUGAUGAAGGUGGACACCUUCAACUCUUGAGUUGGAGUCCAUGGCUUAUCUCUUCAGUCAUAGUUCUUCUGGUGAUAAUGGUGAUGGUGAUGGUGAAUUGGAUGUGCUGGAAGAUCAGAUUAGAAAGGAAUAGAAGAGGUGUCCCCUCUGUGAUGCGAGAGAAAGGGGAGAAUAUCUGGAGCUCAGGAGCCACCCAGAAGAUGGUGAUGAUGAGAUUGAACACUGAAUCCUACAGACCAACCCUGCAGGUUGACUCAGAGAAGGAGGAAUUCUCACGCAGUUCCACACUACCCAGAAAACGCUUUCCUUCUCUUACUUCUUGUACAGUCUCAGAAACAGAGCCCUCAGAGAUUGAACAUUGCAUGAGAGGUCAGGCACAUCUCCAGGAGCCACUUCUGAUGAAUUCACUGAGGGUCCCUCAAGAGAAAGACCCAUUGCAGAUCUCUCAAAGCUGCCAGUUGAGCCGGAGCUACAGCCUACCCAGCACCCUCAAACACUGCCCCCCAAAGUCCCGUGACCAGGACAGAGAGCAACAUACCAAGACUUAUCUAGUGACUACGGGUGGUCUCUCCUUGAGAGCAAGGAGUCCCAGAAAUGCCUUCAUUACCAGCACCAGCCAAGAGCGUCUAAGGCACUCCUCUUCAGCCUCCCUGUUGAUGGAAACAGCACAGGAAAGAUUGGAUGAGUGAAGAUACGCAUCAGGAACAGUGGAGGCGGAGAGAUAAAAAUAUUCAAUGGAUCAAGAAAUGCAUAAAGAUCUACAUCAGAAAGAAGCAUGGGAGCAGCACCUCCUACUUGCCAAGAGGUCCCUGCAGAGGCAACGUUGCAGGCCAACAUUGCCAAGGAGAUGGAAGAGCUGGCCUCAAUGCUGAUGGAACUCUGCAUCCCAUACACCAACCCUGCAGGUUGACUAGGACAAAGAGGAAUUCUCAAGCUGCUCCAUACAACCCAGGGAAACCUUUCCUUCUCUCAGUUCUUAUGCAGUCUCAGAAACAGAGCCCUCAGAGCCUGAUUGAACACUGCAUCCCACAGACCAAUGUGGGAGAUCAGGCACAUCUCCUGUAGCCACUGCUAAGGAAUUCAUUGAGCUUCAGCCUACCCAGCAGCCUUCAACACUGGCCCCAAAAGUCUUGUGAGCAGGCCAAAAAGCAACAUACCAAGAUUUAUCCAGCGGCUAUAGUUGGGCUCUUCUUGAGAGCCUUCAUCACCAGCUGCAAACAGGGUAUAUAAGACAAUCCUCUUAAGUUUCCGUGUGGCUGGAAACAGCACAGGUCUCUGGCUUCUUCAACCCAGGUGCCUUUCCUUUCCUUUCCUUGCCUCUCUUUUCCUAUUGAGCUUGGACUCCUUCCAUGUAGACUGAAGGUGUAAAUGGGUGAAUAAACCCUAUUUCUUAAAGCUACAACAGUCUCUGUUGUGUCUUCCAUUCUCCAAAGGGAAACAGAUCCUCUUUGGGUGCCUGGGAUCCCAUGGGCUCUUUCCACCACUGGGCAGAGAGAUGGGCAGGCACCCAACUUUUGCAACAAUAGAUUCGACUGGAGCACAAGGUUGUUUUCCCUCUUC